UUGUGCAUGUAUUUAGGUAUAUAUACUGUGCCGUACUCGAAGGCCUGGACGAGAAACAUUCGCGGAUUACAUAAUCGUCUCGCGAAUAGUGCUUGAUCGGACUUGCACAGUGCUUACAGCAUACUGUAUAUAUCUUUACACAUAUAUACGCGAGGAGAAUACUGUGUAUUACCUUGAAGAAAGUAAAUAAAGUAAAACGAAGCGAUAAGCGCUAUAUAUAGAGACACGCCAGUGCUGUAUAUAUACCGUAUUGAUAUUGCUGUGCAUCAUCCUGAUCAAGUGUAUCAGUAGGAAUGAUGCUGGAGACAUGCUCCAUAUCCCUGCAUCACUCGCGCAUCGCGGCCGUGUCCGUGCCCAUGGCCGAGACUCUGCCCAAGGCCGGCAUCAUCAGUGGCGACCAUCACAACAACCAACUCUUGCAAAUGGGCAGUGGCAGUGGCGGCAAGCUGACGUUGUACAAGGUGUUGGUGUGCGACGGCGCCGACGAGUGGUUCAUCUUCCGGCGCUACAACGAAUUCCGCGAGCUGCGCGACGUGAUCCGCCAUGCAUUCCCGCGCGAGAGGAUCCCGUUUCCGGGCAAGCGACUCUUCGGCAGCAACUUCGACCCCAAGUUCGUGCUGGAGCGUCGUGUGGGACUCGACGCCUUUGUCCAGAAAGUGAUCAGCAUUGAAGACGCGAUGCGGAUGAAGGAAGUGCGGGACUUUUUCAACAUGGACAAGCCCGUGUGCGAGUCGACUUCGUCCAACGACGAGGGCUGUUCGAGCAACGGGUCCGUCAACGAGCCGUCGUCGUCGGAGUCGUCGACAGACAGUCCGUCCUCGGCUGACCGUCUCGACCUGGGCUCGUCGGAGCGAAUCACGUCCAAGCCGUCGGACUUUGAGUUCCUCAAGAUCCAGGCGUCCACCGUGAAUCCCACCAAAUAA